AUGGCGAUGUUCCCUGGAGAAGGUGAUGACGCGGUACUCGAAUAUAUACCUGGAGAAGUGGCAACCGCCGACAUUGACAAGCCUUGGACCAUGUUUUUUGACGGGUCAUCAUAUGGUACUGUCGGAGGAGCCGGGGUGGUAUUCGAAGCGCCGCAAGGAGAGAUGCUUUCGUACUCGCUUAAAUUGGACUUCCCAUGCACGCCCUACCGGACAGAGGCCCAAAGAUUGAUGAACCGAACAGUGUCUACCCUGGAUCACACCGGCAGGGGUGGGAACAAGCACGCAGACGCUCUGGAGACCCUGAAAAGCAAAGUGAAAUUGAACCGCGAGGAAGAGGGUACCAUCACAAUAAAGAGAAAUGAGUUACUCAACACUUGGAAAGAAUACUUGUCCUUUGAAGAAGAAGAUGAUUGGAGACGAGUGUAUAUCGACGAUCUGACCCGGAUGGACGAGGGACGAGUGAUACCCACCCAAGCCUUGAAACAAUUCGUCGUGAUCCAGGGAACCUUGUAUUACAGGGCAGCUGGAGGAUCUCUCGCGAGGUGUGUGAAUAAAAGAGAAGCUGAGAAGUUGCUCCAGGAACUGCACGCGGAAACGUGUGGACAAAUUGGCGUUGUUCACCUCUACGGAAAACUUCAGAGGAAGGGCGUGUACUGGCCAAGCAUGUCGUCUCAAGCAUCAGCGCUCCAAGACAGCUGCGCCGAUUGCCAAGCACCACCACAACCGGCGGAAGUCUGCACCAUCGAAGAAAUAUAUUGGAGGCAACCCUACUUCGAUUUCAGCCAGCACGGGAGAUUACCGAGUGACAGACAGGCGGCCCUUAAAGUCCAAAGAAAAGCGGCGCAUUUCUUCAUACACGAGGGCGUCCUUUAUCGCAGAAGCUAUGGUAACGCCGCACUACGGUGUCUGUCAAAUAAGGAAGCGGCGGAAGCAACAAAUAAAACGCUCAUCCGCAUACUUAGCAGAACAGUGCAUGAUCAUCAUAGAGAAUGGAACGAGCACCUGCCAUUGGCACUCUGGGCAUAUAGGAUAUCAAAGCGCAGCUCCACAGGAGCAUCACCUUAUUCACUAGUCUAUGGAGAAGAUGCAAUACUACCUGCAGAAAUAGCGGUCCCAUCUGCAAGAAUAGCAAUGGCUAGCCACACUACACCCGAUGAAAUAAUCUGCUUCGCUCAUUUAGACACAUUAGAAGAGAGGAGAACACGAGCAGAGAGAUUCGCAAAAGCUUAUAGAAAGCGUGCAACUAACUACUACAACCAGAGUGUAAAAGAAAAGACAUUCAAGGUGGAUGGAUUGGUCUUAAAAAUUUCCCCUCACGUCCAAAGAAACGCCAGCGCUGGGAAGAUCGCUACGAAUUGGAAGGCCCCUUCAUGA